AAAGGUUCACACUGAAACGUCAAGUAUGUUAGGUUUCAUGGAAUAUCUAUUUUAAUCGUUUGUAAUUUUGAAUUUUACAAAAAAGUAGGAGAAUGUUGAUGCCAAAAAAGAACCGUGUAGCUAUCUAUGAAUACCUUUUCAAAGAGGGUGUCAUGGUUGCAAGAAAGGAUUACCAUGCACCAAAGCAUCCAGAACUAGAAACUAUUCCUAAUCUUCAAGUUAUUAAGGCUAUGCAGUCUUUAAAAUCUAGGGGAUAUGUUAAAGAACAAUUUGCAUGGAGACAUUUUUACUGGUAUUUGACGAACGAAGGCAUUGAGUAUUUGCGUGGAUAUUUGCAUUUACCUCCUGAAAUUGUACCAUCCACACUUAAACGACAAACUAGGUCAGAAACAACAAGGCCAAGACCUGCCACAGGUGCAAGGAGUGAAACAUCUAGACCGACAGAAGAUCGUGCUGGAUAUAGACGAGGACCUGGAGGACCAACAGGAGGUCCUGGUGAUAAAAAAGCUGACGUUGGUGCAGGUACAGGUGAUGUUGAAUUCCGUGGAGGUUUUGGACGUGGCAAACCACAAUAA